AUGGACGACCCUCGCAAUCUGCCGCAACUGCGCAUACUGCAACGCCAGUAUUUCCAGCUGGUAGAGCCUCAGAAUCUCAAGUGGCCAGAUGAUGCUACGUUGAAAGCGCCGGAGGUGCAGUCGUGGUUGUUCAAGAAUCUGUUUGAUACAGCCAACGUCACUUCACCACCUCCGGAGCGCUACCAGCUCAGGACACUAAAACAACUCGUCGCAAAACUCGAGAGGUCGAUCACUGACCCGGAGGAGGAUGAAAUCUCAGAUGAUAUUAUGGAAGCGAUGACUACUCUGCUUAUUGCUGAUCUGCCCUCCGAGGCCGACGCGGCUCAGCAAAAAGCAUUUGUGACGUACUCUUACCCUGAGCGAUUAAAUGACGACAGCACAUCGCACGAGCGGGCAGUAACGCUGCUUGAAGCGCGAUCCGUCAUCUCAUCGUCUGGAACUACUGGUCUUAGGACGUGGGAAGCCGCGUUGCUUCUCGGAUCGCAUCUUGCAUCCGAGACUGGCCGAUCAUCCGUUUACGGGAAGAGAUUGUUUGAACUUGGCGCGGGAACUGGCAUGUUGUCAAUCCUUUGCGCAAAGCACCUGGGAGCUGCUGGUGUCGUUGCUACAGACGGCGACGAGGCCGUUGUCGAUGCCAUCAAAACCAAUCUCUUUCUCAAUGGACUCGAUGUCGAUGACAAGUCUCAGGUCCAGGUACGGACAGCGGCGUUAAAGUGGGGCUAUCCGGUUGAUGCGACGACAUUUUCCGAAGACUAUGGCAUGGAAGUGCCAGAUAUUGUGAUGGGAGCAGACGUCACAUACGACAAGUCCGUCAUACCGCGUCUGGUCUCGACCCUAGGAGAAUUCUUUGACAUCAACCCGGCACUCGAAGUCUUAAUAUCUGCGACGAUUCGCAACGAGCAGACGUUCGAGACUUUUUUGAACGCGUGUAAGCGGAACCGUUUCAGAUUCGAGCAGGUCAAUUGCCCACCGGUACCUGAACAUCAACAGGAAGGGCCGUUUUAUCCAACUUCGACCCCGAUCCAACUGUGGCGUGUCACGAAAGGACAAUCCAUGGACGACCCGUUUUCUGUUUGA